AUGACUGUGGAUCAAUAUCGUCAACUGCAAAUAUGAAAGUGUGCGACGUGCUGCUCGCAGAUAUGGCCUUUGGGAAGCAGUGGAGGGCGAGGACUGGACUCUCUUCUGGACAGACUGCUCUGUCUCACUGGACAGAGUUAUGGACAUGAAGCGCUACCAGAAGAUCAACCAUUUUCCAGGGAUGAGUGAGAUUUGUAGAAAGGAUCUUCUGGCUCGAAACAUGAACCGCAUGCUAAAGCUCUUCCCCAAAGACUACAAUAUCUUUCCCCGAACAUGGUGCCUACCAGCAGAUUAUAGUGACUUCCAAGCUUACACCAGGUCCAAGAAACACAAGACUUACAUCUGUAAGCCAGACUCCGGUUGCCAAGGGCGAGGCAUCUUACUCACCAAGUCCAGCAAAGACAUUCGGCCGGGGGAACACAUGAUCUGCCAGGUGUAUGUCUCCCGGCCAUUCGUUAUUGACGGCUUCAAGUUUGACCUGCGUAUCUAUGUGCUGGUGACCUCCUGUGACCCCUUCCGCAUCUUCCUGUACAACGAGGGGUUGGCUCGCUUCUGCACUACCCAAUACAACGAGCCCAGCAAUGGCAACGUGGAUGAUGUUUGCAUGCAUCUGACCAACUAUGCCAUCAACAAGCACAGUGAGAACUUUGUCCGUGAUGAUGACACUGGCAGCAAACGGAAGCUGUCCACCUUGAACAAGCACCUGGAGGCCAUGUGUUACGACACAGAGAAGAUGUGGUUGGACAUUGAGGACGUGAUUAUUAAGACGCUCAUCUCUGCCCACCCCAUCCUCAAACACAACUACCACACCUGUUUCCCCAACCACGCUGCCGGCAGCGCCUGCUUUGAGAUCCUUGGCUUUGAUGUGCUACUAGACCAUCGACUCAGGCCCUGGCUGCUGGAGGUGAACCACUCCCCCAGUUUCACUACUGAUUCGCGGUUGGACCGGGAGGUGAAGGAUAGCCUGCUGUAUGACACCCUUGUCCUUAUAAACCUGGGUGCCUGUGACCGCCGUAAGAUCACUGAGGAGGAGAAGCGCAGGGUGAAGGAGAGGCUGCAGCAGAACCGCUCCAGAGAGGCUAGGAGUGAGGAACUGCGUCAGUCCCAGGCAGCCAGUGUAGAGCAGAUGCGGAGGUAUGAAGCCAAACACCUGGGUGGCUUCCGUGGGAUCUACCCCCGCGAGGGAGGAGAGAAGUAUGAGAAGUACUUCAAACACAGCAGCUCCCUGUUUCAGGAGACUGCCGCCUCUAAGGCCAGGGAGGAGUGUGCCAGGCAGCAGCUGCAGGAGCUGCGUCUGAAGCAGGAGCAGAAGGAGAGGGAGCAGAACGGGAGCCGUAGACGAGACUUGCAGGGGGAGUCUGCAGGAGAGAGGGCCAAACCACACAGAGUACAAGUUCGUCAGACCAACUCCCAACAGGUUACUCUCCUGACCAUGCCCCUCCUGCCUACUGCUACCAAUGGUUCCCCUACGGUGCAGGACCUCUCUGAUGAGGAGGUGGAGAGGGUGAGUGGACUGCUCCAACGGGAGAGUCUACUAAGGGACCUCGGGGUGGUGGACCAGAUCUAUAAGCUGUUGCAGGGGAGAGGCCAGUCCAUGCCUAAUGGCAUUACACCCCCUCGCGAGCAGAAUGAGCUGCCCCUACACAGACAUGAACGAGCCAAUAAGUUGGACUCCCUGACUGAGUUCUCCUGGAGACCGAAGCGUCACUGUACUGUGAUCCAACACCAGUUGCCUCCAGGGACCAAGCCCUGCCGUCAGUACGUCCAUUCCCAGCUGCUGCAGCAGCGCUGGCCCUGGCCCAGUCUGGACAGGGGGCCCACUCAUACUGAGUCUGCCUGCCUUCAAUACUACACCCCAGAGGACCACGUCCUAGAGACGGUCCGCCGGCCGCCAGGGGACCUGAGGAGGACCAACAGUGCCCAGCGUAUCCCAUGGACAAUCAAUGGUGCUCGCCAGGGCAGUAUGAGCUCGUCUUAUGCAGAGUCCAAGGCCCGGGCCACAGUGUCAAACAUCUCCCAGCUCACCCCUGGACGGCUUCACUGCACCCCCAUGUCCUCUGACCCCAAGGCCCUCCAGAGCCUGUUUGUCAUCUCCACCCCAGCCCUACUGAUCCAGAGGCCCGAGUUCCCCCACCCCAUCCGCAAACCCUUGCGCAAAGUCCCCCAGCACGGACAAGGGCGCUAGGGAGCAGGGACGUUUACCAGUUCAGCCAUAGUGCCAUAAACCACGAGCGGGGCAGAGUGAACAAGCUUUCCUGGCAAAACUGUACACAAGUUGUCCCCGAAAUCCUCUCCCUAUACUGUGUACAUUUCUUCACUUUUACAUCAUCAAAAUGAAAUUCAUUUCUACAUUAGCACUGAGCUACUGAGAAUUAAUUGAAGAGAAAUGGAGAAUAGAUAAAUAGAAUAGGUCUUAUUGUGAAAAUAUUGAAGCAGUGGUGCCUAUCGUGACUUAGGUAUUGUGUGGUACUUGGUAGGAAGACGUGUCAUCUCAUAUGUCCAAGCAAACACUGUGGCUUUUACAGAAUUGAAUGUAAGUGAAUACUAUCUGUGUCUUAUCAAAUAUCUUGGGUUGUUAAAUAUCACUAUAACCACUGAGCCAAUGGUGAAAACACGUUUUAUUUUAAAUAAUUCUGGAAAUCUGGAUGUUUUACUCAGUAAUGUGAAGGGAAGAUGUGACCAUGUAGGCAUAUAGCAAAUUUGUAUGACUUUGAUGUUGAUGACUUUGCUAUUAUGCUUUAUUAUCAUAUUGAUUUUUGUUUAGCUAAGCAGGAAAUUCAAAUUUUGCAAUGGGAACCAUAAUCAAUCAUGUGUGCCAAACCUUAGAAGAAAAGCUCAGGAUACUGAAAUGAUCACCAAGCUGGACUAACAAAUACUCCUCACAUUUCACUGACUUUAAUUGCAAAUUUACCCACAGUAUUUUCAUAUGGUUAUUUUAGAUUUGGGAUGGGGUGUACAUUUACUUAUUGAGCAUUAUUUUAUUUGAGUUGGUGAGAAAUAUAGACAAAUGCCUUCAGAGAUGAUAUGCGUUGAUCAUUGCUCAUGUAGAAAUGAGGAUAUUUGUUCAAUUCAGGAUUAUAUUGAUAAUAGUACUAGGCAUAUUAUCAAUAUAUACUCCAUAUGAAUAAUCAAAUAGUUUCCUAAUUUAUGUAAAUUAUUUGGAAAUCUUAGAUUUGCACAUUUGGAGGCCUACAAAUUAUGAGUGAAAUCUUUGGAAAUGCAAACUAAUAUUUCAAUGAAAAUGUAAGUAUAUUUUCUUUAACAAUGAUCUUGUUUGAUUUUUUUUUUUUUUUCAUCAAGCUCAUAAACAUUGUCGGCCUA